UUUACGCGCGUCCAGGACUCGGAAAAGUGAUUUUAUGGUGGAUUAUAACAUAUGCACCGAACAUGGAGAUUAUACGCAGUAUUUUGUUGAUUCAAACAUGUUUUGUUGUUAGUUGCCUCUGCAAUUCGACAACAAGUCCACUUUGCAGGGAGAUGAAACCGUGCACGAUUGACUCAGGGAAGAGUGGAAUGUGUCUCCAUGGCACCUGCUAUACUCACGUAGACCCUGAAACAAGGCACUUGUCAAUACUGGUAACAGCGCAAUAUCCGGCUAAUACACUUCAGGCUCACGGUGGACGAAGCUUGUAUAUGCGAGGUAAUGGACUUGGAUUAUCGUGGAACAAGGGCAUUGAGAUGGGAAGGUCUUCCAAAGAUACUUGGACCAUGCUGUUUAACUACAAGUCUACACCAAAGGGUUUUCAAUGUGAACCUUGUUAUGGCGACGCUGUGCUGCCCAAUAAGCUCCUGCAGUUUCGUAUCUUUGUAGAUGACCAUAAUGACGUGAUGGGUGCCAAUUUUGCCCUCAAGUUCCCUGUAUCAGCAGCUUCACCGUAUUUCAAAUCAAAACCUGAGUUUGUGUUUCAUCCUUGGUUUUACACUAACUCCGGCAGUCUAAGCAAUUUGACUGUGGCCCCACAAUAUAUAGGAGGUCGAAGAGAUGUUGCUGUGUGGCGUCCGCCAAGCUUUUUGGAGAAUCCUUUCAAAUCAUAUCCUGUUGUCAUUGUCUUUGCCCUAAUGAAGCUGGACCAUUUAAAUAUAUAUUUAAUGAAUUGGUGUAUCCAACCCAAGUAUCCCAAGAAGCCAUCGUAG